AUGGUGCUGCCCUGGGCCCUCACUGUCCUGAGCCUCCUUCCUCUGCUGAGUGCCCAGAGCCCAGAAUGUGCCAACUUCACGGCGAAGCCCAUCACCAAUGUCACUUUGGACUGGCUCUCUGGCAAGUGGUUCUAUGUUGCCGCGAUAUUCCGCAAGCCUGAGGUCAAUCAGUCAGCUAAAAUGGUCCGCUCGGCCUUCUUCUACUUUGCCCCCAACCAGAUGGAGGACAAGAUAUACACCAGAGAGUACCAGACCAUUGGGGACCACUGCAUUUACAACAGUAGCCACUUGAUGGUCCAGCGGAAGAAUGGGACCGUGGUCAGAGAAGGUAAGGGUCAGGGCGAGGAUAGGGGUGGUUUGGAGGGAGGGUGGACCAGUCUAAGAAGGGGCCCCGACAACAAGGUCCUGAAGGCUUUGGGCACAGAGAACACAGGACAGACGCCCAUGCUGCACACACCUACACUUUCUCCUCCAGAAAAUGGCACAGCAUCUUUUGCCUACCUGCUGCUCAGCAAGAACUCCAGGAGCUUCAUGUUUUCUGCUCAUCCACAAGAUAAGCAGAAAAUGGCCCUGUCCAUCUUUGCUGACAAGCCCCAAUUGAGCGAGGAGCAGCUGAAUGAGUUCCAUGAAGUCAUGGAGUGCAUGGGCAUGCACAAGUCAGAGAUCAUUCCCACAGAUGAGAAAAAGGAUCAGUGUGGGCCGCUGGAGAAGCAGCACGAGGAAGAGAGGAAGAAGGAGCAGGAGGGGGCCAAAGAAGAGUGAGCACUGGGUUAGAACAUCCGGGAAUUUGGGGGUCAUUCCCAGCCCCUUGCCCCACUCUUUGUA